AUGGAAGGGCCCCAUCAGAGUCCAGGGAAGGCAGCCCAGGCCAAAGGGAAGAAGUUGGGGGAAAACGCCAAGGCAACCGGGGGACGAUGGGAGCAGGGAGAAGCCCUAGCGGCCCUGUCCCCGCAAGAAGAGAACCCGCUCAGACGAACUCCGCAUCUGGGCACAGGCACGGAGGAGCAGCAGUCUUCCUGGCCGAGUAGGCCGAAGACGGAGCCAGGGGUCGCCAUAGCUGGAAACCGAGGGAGCCCCAGGGGAGACAACCCCAACUGCACGCACGUUGCCCUCACACCAGGCACCGGCAGCGGAACCUCCUGGCCAGACCUACAGCACCCCGUCCCGCCCCGGUCUCCGGCGGACCCUGCCCCAGCCUCCUGGCCGCUCCCGGAACCACUCCGGCCUUUGCCGCCUCCAGACGUUGCCCUCGGUGGUCCCGCCGCCCCGCUCGGCCUCGAGAGGGAUUCGGGCGCCCGACCACUGUCAGCCUGGAGGCACGGAGCGCAGCACAGGCGAAGGUUACCUAGCACACUCGGCCGGGUUGCGCGGCCUUCUGGGACUUGUAGUCCACCUGCCCUGGAGCCUCAGACUACAACGCCCGGAAGGCAUCGCGCCGCGCUCCGCCCAAUGGAAACGCUCGGUGAACCGCCUUCUCCCCUUUCGGGGCCCACCUCCUCGCCCAGCCCGCCUUUUUCUGCUGUUGGCCCCUUGAGCGGCGGCAGUGGUCCUGGAGCUGCGUGA